CUUCUGACACCUUCUUGUGUGACCGCCCGGCUCUUCCCCCAAUUUACUUGCCCGAUUGCGACUUUUUCUACCGUCUGGCUGCUUUCUACAGUAAGAUCAGUACUCUUACAAUUUUGGACAACCCUCCAAGAGGGCGUGUUACUGUAGCGGUCGCUGGAGUUUCGAUUGUCGCAUGAGCCCUUGGCCAACCACCACUACUGCGACGGCGACGCUUCACCUCUGGCUGAUAACCCCAUAGCUCUCACCCACGCCUUACUGUCGUGGUGACUAAAUACCUACCCUCCGUGUUUCACCGUCCCAGGAGAAACUUGCCUCUCUCUUCCUACUCUUCUCCGCUCCCCGAGAUCAGACGAGGAUCCUCUGUGAGGUCCUAACCCGGCGACCAUGUCAAACCAGCAGGUGGUGAGUGUUCAUCCCAUCACCCUACCUUCUCUGGCAUGCACCGGUUGAUUCAUCCCGAGUGACAACCCUCUUUCUGGAGCUCAUGACUGAUACAAGGCCACAGGGCGCGGUGUUCGAUCGUGUCAUUCAGGAGGUUUGCGAUGGGUCCCAGGUGGACUUUGAAGAAAGUGGAGUGGACCAACAGACGCUUCUAGAUCUGCGCAAGAGUUGGCAGAAGAAGCUCUCUUCGUUGGGAGUCGCUCACUUCCCUUGGGAUCCCCCACCACCGCAACAAGCUCCUCCCAGCCAAACCCAGCAACAUAUCCUCCCUCCUACUGCCACCGUUCCCUCUAAUGCCCCCCGACCUGCUCCAUCCCCUCACCCCCCGCACCCGCAACAACCACAACAACAUGCUCCUCCUCCCCCUCCUCCACAACAACAACAACCUAUCCCUCAAUCCAUGCCCACCACGGCCCCUCCCAUGCAAGCUCCUGCCCCCGUAGGUGCACCCUCCAUGGGACACCUUCCGCAUAUCAAGACGGAGCCUGGACUUAACCAGCCGGGAAUGAUGUCCUUGAACAACAACAAUAACAUGAUGCCACCAAGUGGCUCGACUCCUCAGUCGGCUCAGUCGGCUCAACAACGUGCCGCCGAGAUGCUCCGCCAACGGUAUGGCGCUGCAGCUGCCAACUCGGUCAGUCAGCUACAAGCUCAGUCGCAGGCCUCUAUGGGCAUGCCCGGCCAGCAACGCCCGCCCAACAUGCAGCACCUCCCGAAUGGUCAGGCGCCUCAGCCUCAGAUUAAGCAAGAGCCCGGCUACCCACCUGCCCCCCGCCCUUCCUUGGGGAACGCGCAAACGGAUGGCGCUUGUGAUGCUGGUGAUGCACUCUCGGAGUGGAAGGCAGAGGUCGCCCGCCGACGUGAAGCUGCGCAGCGCCAAAACGGCGAAGGGGAUCGUGUCUUGCGAGAGCACUUGAAACAGCGCAUGCUCCAGCUCGAGGGCGGAGGCCUCAUGAUUCCCUUGGCGGAGCGCCAAACCUCUUCAGCGCCUGGCCUUGCGUUCAAUGCGACAAAUGCUAUCGGUGUCCCCCCGUCGGCUGUUCCCAGGGCCCAAUAUGAUGGUCCCGGUGGUGAUGACGAGAGGGACGAAGAUGACGAGGACGCCAUCAACUCCGAUCUCGAUGACCCAGAUGACCUUGUCGCCGACGAACAUGAUGGCGACUAUGCCAUGGGCCAGGUCAUGCUCUGUACCUACGACAAAGUGCAAAGGGUGAAGAACAAGUGGAAGUGCACGCUGAAGGAUGGUAUCCUGACCUCCGGAGGCAAAGAAUAUGUCUUCCACAAGGGUCAAGGCGAGUUCGAAUGGUAGACGCAGAAGAAUCACGAAACGGUCUGCCGACCUAAGGGCUUGUCCCGCUUAUGUGCUUCGCUUUUUUCCUUUUUUUUUUUUUUUCUUUUUUUUUUUU